AUGCAACUCAGGGUAGAAGAGCUGUCUGUUUGUGCUGAGCAUCCCAUAACGUUGAAUUUCACAUCGCUUCCAUCGUUGCUGAUAAUCCGCGUGGAACGAGUUGGCUAUUCCGGUGGCACGUUUAAGCGGGUGCGAGUGAGAAUCCGUAACAGUCUAAUAUUUCAGAGCAGUCAGAAAGAAGCAAACGGCUCGGCACCAAAUUCGAGUCUCCGCAUAUUGGGUGGUUCGACUCUGAAUUUACUACCACAUCCGCCAUCAGUGGACACCGAAUGGAGGCAACAGUUAGCAGAAAAAUUGCCUGAGAUCGAUUUAACGGGCAACUAUCAGCUGCGUGCUGUAUCGGUGCACUCCGGCAAUGCAAACGGUGGUCAUUUCAUCACCUAUCGCCGUGGCAUUGGCGCCGAUAAUGUAUCAACAUGGUAUCGAACAAGCGAUGCAGAGGUAAUUUGUUUUUUUCCGCUCCCAACAUUCCCACUCACCCUGAUGAAUCAUAUUUGAAA